CUUUAUCGGAUGGCUGCAUCCGUACUUGCUCAUGUUUUCUGAAGACUUGACGCCUCGUCUGGAGGCGGACGAAGGGUUCCUCACGCUGCAGACGGUGCAUGCUUUUCGAACGAAAUUCGUCGAGGCCGCCCUUGGUUUGUCAUCUUCGAAGCAAGAUCCUCGUGGUGUCCAGAUGAACGCAGUGUGUCCAGAUGCGAUAGCGAAUCUCGUAAUCUCUGAGCGCGAAAAACUAGUGGUGAAUCUCGAGCAACCGCUGAGAUUCGAGGUCGACGUGGACGAGGACAAGAACAGGAGGAUCUUUAAGGAGAUGCCGAACAGCGUGAUCGCGUUUUUUCGACUUUUGAAAAACUACUACGGGGGCAGCACCGCCGCGCAUCCGCAUGCCCUGCCUCAAAAUAUAAAUGGAGAGAAGCCAACGUGGAGAUCUUUAGGUGUAAUGAGUGCGGCGGCGCCUUCGUUGCACAGCAAGUUGCAAAGCAAUACGAAGAUCGCACAGCUGCUGUCUUCGUGGACCCCCUCACAUUAUUCGUCUUCCCCAUCUUGCCCUCCUCCACCAGGAGGUGUGGCAGGAGCUUCGGGAAAGCCGAGAGGCGACGGUGGAGCAUCUGCAAAAGAGGCACCCACAAGGCGCGAUGAGGAGGACUCACAGGCGCAAGGCGAUGAAGACGGAGACCCCCGGAUUGAAUACGGGCCGGGACACAAGAUACACGGCAACAUCGCGAAGACGUUGCAUAAACUCUUUGGAUUGGCAGAAACGGAAUUUGACAAACUCGUGUUGUGCGGGCCCGAGGUACUAGGCAACGAAGAUCGUGACGCAGCUUCUCGCAAAGUCUGGGAGAUCACACAUUUGAGCGACAGACUGCAGAAGCAGGUAUACGCACUGGCAGAAGCGUUGGCGCCGAUUUUUGACGAGUCAAAAGUCGUCAAUCCGGAAGUUUUGGCGUUCGACGAUUUCGCCGCCCCGUGGAGUAAGGGAACGAAGGCAUACAGUGCAUUGAACGGUGUUACAGCCAACUUUAUUCCCGGAUACAACUACGUUGACUACGCGCAGCUAGGGAGGCGCAUAACUGCCCUGUACGAAACCAAAACGCCGAAAGGAGGAGGUGGCCACCGUCAGGGUGGAGGAAAUGCAGGGGCUUCGAGAAAAGUAAAGGAAACUCGAAUUACCACAAGCAGCUUGAACGAGGUUAGGAAACUGACGGAUCCGCUGUUGAAGUCAAACGACGUUGUGCUCCUACCCAAAACAGAGAAGGCCCAGAAGCUGCUACUUAGCUUCUCAAAUAUAUGAGAAAACAAAGCAUCAAAAAAGCUUGAUCCGAUCAAAUAAAUGAAGGACAAGCUGAAGUCAAAAACGUGUAUGCGAAUGAACUCUUGACUUGUUUUACCGACCUGCAGUUGUAUCAAACAUUGAAUCAACAAAAUACUUCUGAUAGAUCAAAAAAUGAUUUGCGUUUAGGACUAACUGGUGAGACGACGAGGAUAAAUCGGAAGGAAAGUCCUCGACGUACUGGCCGUCUUUACCUGAUGUGUGAGGAGGUCUCUUGGAGCCGUCUCGUUGAGAGUAAAUCAAAUCUACUCAGCUCCUUCAAAAUGAAGGACGCGCUGAAGUCCACAACGUGUCGAAGGACAACGGAUCUGAACAACCUAAAAGUAGCAGAAUACGCGGACCAACAGUGCCGGAUGUUGAAGAUGUACUUUGGUUGAAGAUGUUGAAGGCAUAAUUAUCUAAAAAUGUCAAAGCAAGUGACUCAGUGCCAGAAGAUGAAAGUCGCUUAGCGAGUCAAGCAUUGCCGCUAC